UCUCUCUCUCUCAGUCUAGAGUGUAUGAUUGGUGGAAGUCAUUCAGAGAGGGACUAUCAUUUCUUUGGCCCACUUAAGGAAUUUUUAGGAGGGAAGAAAUUCAAGUCGAAUGAGGAGGUUAUUGACGCUGUGCAAGAAUUAGUCAACAUGCAGUCAAAAGACUUGUACUCUUCAGGGAUUAAGAAGCUUCCUGGGCACUGGAACAAGUGUAUUGCAGUGGCUAGAGACUAUAUAGAAAAACAGUGGAAUCUUCAAACAUGAGACAUAAAUGUAUGACGCAUGAACACUUUAUAAAGGGCCACAAAUUUGAGGAUUGGAUGUCCAAACUUCCAGAGCAACUUUGGGAUGUUCCCUUAUAUAAUCUUGCAAUUCCAGGGAGUCAUGAUACUAUGAGUUACUGCCUGGAUAUUAACUCACCUAUUGAUAAGUCAGGACCCAAAAUCUUAAACCUUGUGGAUAAAAUAUUUCCAUGUUUUGUUCGGCCACAGAUUUACAAAUGGAGCACCACCCAGGAGAAAAAUAUUGUGGAACAGCUAGAUGCUGGUAUUCGAUACUUUGAUUUGAGGAUUAGCCACAAGGAUCAUGAUACAUCUAGCAACUUGUACUUUUCUCAUGGAUUAUACACGCUUUUGUCAGUUAAGGAGGUGCUGACAUUUAUUGCGCAGUGGCUUGAAAAUCAUCAGAAGGAAGUGGUUAUUUUAGCAUGUAGCCAUUUUCAGGGAAUGACCGAAGACCUCCAUAAACAUCUAAUUUCUUUGUUGAAGAACAUUUUUGAUGCCAAGCUUUGCCUGAAUUCAGAGACCGUAACUCUGUGGAAUAUAUGGAAACUUGGCCACCAAGUUAUUGUUUCAUAUGAUAAUCCAAUUGCUAAACAGCAUUGUGAGUUAUGGCCUGGAAUAUCUUAUUGGUGGGCAGACAGCAUGGAUCCAAAAGCUGUUGUGCAAUACAUGAUUAAUUUGCAAAAGAUUGGACGUCCAGGAACAUUUUUUGUGGCUGGCCUUAACCUUACAGAAAAUUGGAAAUUUAUUUUGACUCAUCUCCGCAAAUCAAUGAAGACACUCACUUUUAAAGCCUAUCCUUUUUUAAUGAGCUGGGUUCGAAAACAGACUCCAGGAUCGGACAGAGCAUGUCUGAAUAUCAUUGCUGGUGAUUUUAUUGGGCUCUAUGAUAUGGUUCCUCAAAUCAUUUCUCUCAAUACAAAACUUUUGAUGUGCAUUACCUGAACACACACUAAAUUGAUUCUGGAACAUAGGCCUCGUUUCAGGAAUGGAUAUGUGACAAAUGGCAGUACUAGUUUUUAUUAUAUUUUUGUUAGUUGAUUCUUUACAUCAUUAUUCUAAUGGAAAGUCAUGAAAUAUGUGUUAUAUGAGAAUGCUAUUUUGACAUUCCAUAAACUUGCACUUUAUUAUUUUUCUUUGUCUUUUAGUAGCAACAUAGAUAAAAAAAAUGGGAUGGUAAAAUAAAAGUCGAAAAUGUUUUUAUUUACUUCCCUAUUUAAUUUUAAGUCUGCUAAGUAAAUCAGGUUGGGAAUAUUGUUUGUGGAUAACACCUCACAGGUUUCUCUAUGACUUCUAGAAGGCAGUAGAAAACUAAGUUCAGUCUCUGUUUUAUUCUACAAGCAAGAAUGAGGUUUUAAUUAUGUUAUUCUACCUGACUGAAAUAUCAGAGCCAAAAUUUCCAUGGAUUAUAAAGUUUUUAAUAAGUCACCUGUGCCUAAAGUUACAAAAAUAAUUUAUAUGUAAGAGUACUUAUAUUAAUAUUUCUCAGUUUAAUGAUGAACUUUGUGAAAUAUGUUAUUGAUCAUUUGAUUAGAUCUGUUUUGAUUGUGGAUAUACAUGCUGACUUAGUCCAGUAGUAUGAGAACUAUGUGAAGGCUUUGUCAGCAUACUCAAAGUGCCAACACUUAAAAAUGGCAACCCAAAGUUUACAUUAUACACCUUUGUAAAUAAUAAAAAAAAGCCAAAACAUCUUCACAGAGAUGACAUGUAGUAAAUGACAUCAUACAUGUUAACUAACCCAUAUAUGUAAUAUAUAAAUGUGUUUAUUUGUGAAUCAAGACAUAAUUGAUAUGUUAUCAGAUGCUAUAGCGGCUUGUACAAAUGUCUUCUGAACAAAUUUGGAAAGGCUAAUUUUAUUUUAUAUUUUAAACUAGUAAACUCCUUGUGCAGCAUGUUAUGUCCAUAAACAAAUAAGCCAUUGUUCAAAGUAUGUUUAAGUGGCCAUUUAAUAAACAUUCCUUAUUACUAUACUCAUUAAGAAGCUAUGGCAAGUGUUUAAGCAUAUAGCUUGCAAUGAGCAGUUUGCAGUAAUGCAUUCAUUAAAAUUGGUGGAAGUGUUUCCAUUUGGCUCCAAAUAGCAAGAGUCCUGUUUUCUUACGAGUGAUUCAUUUUACCUAAUUUAAAUGAAAUUAUUAAGUUAUAGUAUACAGUAAACUCAAAAAUCACAUCAAAUAUUUACCAUUUAAAACCAAAUAACUUUUAAUUUUUAUAUUGUACUUGGUAAAUGAAGUCACAUGUAGCUACAUGUAAUCGACUACAGUGAGGUACAGUAUUCCACAUUUCAAAGAAUUAAGCUGUAAUCUAUAUGUUAAAAAUAACAUGGCUCAUUAGAGAGUUUUUAAAAUCAAUUUAAUCUGAUGUUUCAGAAGUUAAAUAAUAUGACUAAGCCAUUUUAUUUUGUAAGUUGACUGUGACAGUUGGAGGAGGGAGAGAGGUUGUUUAUUUAAAGUUGUAAAACAGUAAUUAAGGUUUUUUAUGUGCUUGUUUUGGUUACUUGGUUCCCAUUUAGGCACAGAAUCCUUUCUUUUAUGUGGAGUUUCCAUGUUUUUUCUGUGUGUAUACCAGCUUUGUAACUGUACCAGCAUCUUCUCAUCUUGUACCUUGCAGCAAAUUGGCAGAAUAUUCAAGAGGAUUGCUUCUUUUUGCCCAUUUGUGCCAAGAGAGGCAUUAGCUGCACCUUUACAAAACCGUGUUGUUGCAGAUACAGAGAAUGAUUUAAUGUAAAACCUGUUUAAAAAAACAAAAUAAGAAAAAAAGAAAAAAUAACAUCAGGUCAUCCAUGGCAUUGUAGCACUUUAUAAUUUGAAUAUGUUUCAUUAUUAAUGAUAGGUCAUAACCAGGUCAGAGGGAAAAAGAAUUUUAAAUGUAACUGUUAACAUCUGCUUUAUAAGCACAAGCAGAUUAAUUGCAAAACCUUUUAUUCCACUUUUCCAAAAUAUUUUAAUGUUGUUCUUUAUAAAACAUGUGUAGUAAAAAAUGUUUUAUUUACAAUCCAGCCCUAACUUUAAUUGCAACAAAUAAAGGUAACAUAUUCACUCAAAGGUCACUUCAUUGGUUUUGACUUUUAUAAGGCCUGCUGACGAUUUUUCUGAGCCCGUCUCUGAACUUUUUCAUUAAUUUCUGAUUGUGUGGGAGAAUAAAAAAUACCUAAAUACAGUAACCAAAUGACUACCUUGCUUUCGCUAAAUGUUAGAUGUCACUGGUUACUAAAACCCUGCACUUUUUUCUUAUUACUGUACUUCAAAAACUCACGAUGGCUUUUGUAAAGAGUAUUUUCAGUCCUCACUUAUAGAAUGUUCAAAAUGUUCAAGUGAGUAGUUUAUUUAUAGUUGAUUUUUGGUUUAAUAAACCACUGUAUAAAAACACUGAUCCUCUGGUUCAUGACGACAGAACAAUGUUGAUGAAUUAUGUAAAAGAUAGCUUGAAA